AUGCAAAAAUUUUUGCAACAUAAUAGAAGGCAAUUACUUCAAUUUUCUGCAAGAAAUUUCCAAGCUGGAGUAAUCUAGUAUAGAAAUCCAGCUAAUCCCUGGGUUUACUUGUAACUAUCUAGAGAUGGAGAUGAUAUUGGCAGAAUGACCUUUGAAGUAAAAUCUUUAUUGCAUUUUAUUUAAACAUAGUUGUAUGCUCACUUAGCUCCUAAGACUGUAGAGAAUUUUAGAUCUUUGUGUGUGGGGGAUAAUGAGCCUAAUAGAUUAUCUUAUAAAAAAUGCCCAAUCCAUAGAAUAAUUGGAGGAUUUAUGGCUUAGGGUGGAGAUUUUGAAAAUGGUGAUGGAACUGGAGGAAAAUCAAUAUAUGGGGGUAAAUUCAGAGAUGAAGUAAGGAAUAUAGAGCAUUAUAAAAGAGGAAUGCUAUCAAUGGCUAACACUGGUCCUAAUUCCAAUGGGUCAUAAUUCUUUGUGACAUUCGGACCUACUGAUUGGCUAGAUGGGUAUCAUGUAGUAUUCGGUGAAUUAAUAGAAGGUGAGUAAACAUUAAUGCUUUUGGAAUUAGCUGGGUCAAAGAGUGGUACUCCUACAUCAAAGGUAGUUAUUGAAGAUUGUGGAAUGAUAUACAGAUAAUGA